AAUAACACACACACACAAAAUUAUUAAAAUGAUAGGCACAGAUAGAAAAUCACAGACAGACAAAACAUUUGUCUAUAUGUGUCAAUAAUUAUAAAAGUGUGGUUGUUUUGUUGUACAGAUAUAAAUGUGAAUGCCAUGUACAGAAUGGUGUAUUGGUUAUAAAUUUAAUUUCAGCCAAAUAAAAAUUCAUAUUCAAAAGAUCUUGUAAAUGUUGUAUAAAUGUGGGACUAACAACCAACCAACAAGCCCCUGGUGGUGGGGGGGGGGGGAUCGUAAACCAUAACUCAAGAGUUAAGAGGGAUAUUCAUGAAAAAUGUAUGUUUCUGAGAAAUGAUGUUGCAAACUAAUUUGGAAUGAUGCCAGCAAUACACCUGCUCAAACAUUAUUAAAGUACAUGGCUCAAGGACACCACUUGGGUCUAGUUCUAUAAGUGGAGCAUUAACCUCGCUUGUGCUGAUUUGUUGAGAUCACACUCCUCAAAGAAGCCAUGAACGGACCCAAUUUCUAUAUUCUGCUUCUUGCUGGAGUCUUGGUCAGCGGGCAAGAACUCCGAUGGGAAAACCAAUUUGACCAGCCCUUACAKUUUAACUGCCCUUCAAGAMAAUCCAUCUCCCACAUAAAUAGUCAGCAUGACAACUCCUAUGAAGACCGUGUGUGGGACUUUGAGUGCAAAGACACAUUUGUCUCAGAGCCUGAGUGCCACUGGUCUCCUUACGUAAAUGACUUAGAACAAGAGUUCAGCUUCAAAUGCCCCAAUAACUAUGUCCUCRCUGGGGUGAACAGCUAUCAUUCCAACCCCCAUGAGGACAGAAGGUGGAAGUUCUACUGCUGUCGAGUCAACAGCUACUGUAACCAGGACUGUCAGUGGACCCCCUACGUCAACUACUUUGAUGAGGUCAUCUCUUGGCAAGUCCCAGGCCUGAACUACCUAGUUGGGGCCGGAAGCUACCAUUCAAAUUAUUAUAAAGACCGUCGUUGGAGAUACCAGUACUGCACACGGAAGUCAAACUGCUGAUAUUACAGCUGAUUAUUGCAUUCUUGACCCAAAUGAUGAGUAAAGAUUGCCUACUACCUUC